UGUCCCGCUGCUUUUGACCCGCUGUGCAGACAGUGCGCGAAUUGGGAUCCUGGUGCGGUUUAGCGCGCCGAGUCCAGUCCCAGCGGGAUCCCUAAUCUACAGCUAAUGACUCCUGCGGCCCCCCACCCCGCAGGGCCAGUCCUCAUGGUGAGAAAGUGUGGCGGGCGAGGAGAGAACCCGAGGGGUCCUGUGUCCCAGAUCGGCCCCAAGGGCCACGAGCCAGAAACAGUAACCAAAGAUGGAAGGCGGCUUAGAAAUAAGUUCACAAAGACAGGGACUAGAAGCAGCUGAAGGGUCAAGGAGUGGCGGAGAGGCGGAGCAGAGGCAAUAAUGUAACGUUGCCGCUCGGUGAGCGAGGCGGAGGCUCAAGGCCGGAAGAACAGCGGCGGCUCUGGAAAAAGCGCGCGACAGAGCCAGAGGAAGAGGAUGGCUUCCUUGGGCAGCUCCACCUUCACCCUACCCCAGGUAGGCAGAGCAAGCAAGCCUCUCAAGCCCCACUAGGGCCUGACUGUGGCAGAAUAAAUAAACUGGCUUAUUCUAUCCUGAUCCUGAGCCGUCAAUAAGAUACACCUGGUUCUCCCAGCCUCCAACCACGAUUGCAGUCCAACCGACACCUGGAGAAACCACUCAGAACAAGAGGGGCUGGGGCAGCUUUAUGGUGUCGGCCUGUCUCCCUCCUUACCCCACUACACUGAGGAGGAGACAGAACCGGGUCCUCAGGACCCGCUCCUGGACGGCUCCAGGGGUGUCAGGGAAGUGCUGAACAUGCCCUCACUGGCCCUGGCCCCUCCUGGUCCCACCUGUGAAUACUCCACACAUGCAUUUUGUUAAGUGCCUGUCCCAAGGCCAUCCCUCCUCCACAUGGGGUCCUCCUCCUCCUCCAAAUGGGGUCCUAUGCCAAUAAGCCUAUCCCUCAGAUGCCCAAAGCCCCAAGAAUGAUGGCGUCCCUUGGGCCAGGUACAGGCAUCUGGAGGAGAGAGUCAGAGAGCAGAAACCUCUUGGCUCCCAGACAAUUCCCCUCCAGGCUUUAGGCCUGGAAUUGAGAAAGUGAGCUAAGUGGGGGUGGGGCCAGGCUAAGCUGCUCUGGGCUGGGCUGAUCCCUCCCCAGCGGGGGGCGGGACCCCAGAAGGAGGGAGAGGGCAGAGCCAUUGGAGAGGACCAGACAUUGGAAAAGCGACAUGGCAGGAGCCAGUCUUGGGGGCCGCUUGUACCGGCAGAUCAAAAGACAUCCGGGGCUCAUCCCGAUGAUCGGCUUCAUCUGCCUGGGCAUGGGCAGCGCUGGGCUCUACUUGCUUCGACUUGCCCUGAAAAGCCCCGACGUCUGCUGGGACAGAAAGAACAACCCGGAGCCCUGGAACCGUCUGAGCCCCAAUGACCAAUACAAGUUCUUCGCAGUUACCACUGACUAUAAGAACCUGAAGAAGGACCGGCCAGACUUCUAAGCCAGGCUGGGCGGCCAGUGCCAUGCAAACCACGGACAGCCAGCCCACCCACUUCUUCUACUCCUUCCCCAGACCCCUCCCUGCAAACGCCAAGGCGUCGGUCCGGCCACCCUGUCCUGCUCCUGCUUACAAAGGCUGGGUUCCCACGAAGAGGGGAGGCUGCUCCACCCCUACUCUCCUUCCCGACUCCCAGCAGCGGAAGCACCUCUGACCCUCGGCUUGAGUCCCACAUGGGGGAGGGGGAGGCAGGCAGCGCCAGGAGGGGUCGACCAAAAAAACCCAAGCCAGCCCCUCUGCCGUCCCACGGGGCCUCGAAGGGUGUGGCACAGGCUACAUGUUGAGCGUGGUCUACGUGAGCCAACAAGCAGGGGCCUCUGAGUGCCAAGCGACGUGGCGAGGUCCACGUUAGCUUGGGCUCUGGGAGCCAGCCCAGGGGCGGCGCUGCUCAGCUUGGGCUGGUCCAGGGCCUGCCCAGGCUGAGGCACCUCUGCCUCCUGAGGCGCAGCACACUCCUCCCCUGCCCAAGCCUCCCGCCAACAGUACCCCCUCUAGCCCCACACCUGGGCCUCCCCCUGCCAUUCCCCUCCCUUGCUCCCCACUGUCCCCAGGGAUCAAACAGAAGCAGCCGUGGGCAAAAUACAAUUUCAUUUAACAAAUUGAA